CCAUUUUGUUUGGUUAGUAAUGAUUUUCUAUUAGAAAACUUCUCUGCGUGCACUUUCCCUGAUUUGUUUAUACCGGAAGUGGCGUAGGGUCAUUCCGGGUCAGCGAUUGGCUAAUUGAGGUUACCAGUGGGUACAGUAAAGGUAUAUAAAGAAGCGAAAAUUUCGUCUGCUAGAGGAGAAGGGGGAGAAGUUGGGAGGAUACGGAAGCCUCCAGAUUAUUAUCUUACAAGUGCUCCCAUCAUUGGCAGUCAUUUAAAGGGAUGGCAGACCCUAUGCAGACCAGAUGGAUCCAAAGAUUCAAAUGUGGACUAUGCACAGAAGACAGAGAGUUCACGCAACAGAGUCACUGUGAGAGGCACAUGACUGCAGUGCACUCGGGGUUCGUGUUCCGAUGUGCCACUUGCGGGAUCGUACUUGGACGAAAAGAUCAAAAGCACGGGUGUGAGGGCAGGACCCUGCAGAGAGUGAAGAAAUCAACACUCACGCUCACCAUAGAGGAAGAGAAGGAGUUUGAGGCCUUCCAACGUGGGAGAGGGAGACACGUCGUGCCCUUCAUGAAGGAGCUCCCCUUAGUGUUCAGCGAUCAGCCGUACCACCAGGGCCAAGAAAAAAAGAGAGCAAUAUACACGGAGCCUCACCAAGGACGGAAUGCCAAGAAGCGACCAAAGAGAUCCGCACAAGCGCCAGCACUCCUGUCAUCACAUAGGUCCGCCCCAGCGCCUGCACUCCUGUCGAUGUCGACCGAGAAGUCCAUCACAGCGCCUGCGCCCUUGUCAACCAAGAUGCCCACUCCAGGGCCUGCGCUCCUGUCGACCGAGAAGUCCGACCCAGAGCCUGCACUCCCAUCGACUGAGAAGUCCAUCCCAGUGCCUCCACUCCUGCAGUCGGAAAAGUCAACAUCAUCACGUCAGAGUAAGAACGAUACACCGCAGAGGAGGUCUUUCAAACGAUUAUUCGGGGACAGUUUAAGUGACUCGUCAGAUGAAGAAGAUCUUCUUACUCCUGAUAUUUCAAUAACGGAACCUCCUGUUACCUCUACACCGAGUAGAACCCUAACAACUAUGACGGAGAGGGAGUUUGACAAACGAGACGUUUCGAUACAGACUUCCCCCAGUGGUAGCGCACAUCCCUUAGUGUCACAACAAUGUAUUGGUCUGGAUGUUGGCGGGAAACUAUUUGUGACGACAGUUGCCACUCUUACAAACCAACCUGAUUCCCUUUUCGCAAGGAUGAUGGAGGACCCCACCUUAUUACCUGCUUAUAAUAUACUGGAUAGAGGGAACCUACCAGUCUACUUUAUUGACCGUGAUGCCACCUACUUCGAUGUCAUACUCCAUUACAUGAGAGAUGGACCGAAGAACAUUAAUUGCCAUUUACCUAAUGACGUAAGGACCUUAAGGAAAAUCCACAUCGAAGCGGUAUAUUAUAGAUUAGAGACGCUAGUCGAAAUAAUUGGUAGCCAGCUGUUUGUAAUGAUCUUUGGACACAAAGAGUUCUCAGAGGAAUAA